AUGCAUCACAUGCCCCCUCGCUUCCACCACACGCAUGUUGUCUGUCCCCUGUGCCCCACUCCUGCUCCCCUCACUGCUCUUCGACUGCCUGUGCCAUGCGCUGCUCUCCCCAUGCCGCCCUCCCCAUGCUGCCCUCCCCAUGCCGCCCUCCCCAUGCCGCCCUCCCCAUGCCGCCCUCCCCAUGCCGCCCUCCCCAUGCCGCCCUCCCCAUGCCGCCCUCCCCAUGCCGCCCUCCCCAUGCCGCCCUCCCCAUGCCGCCCUCCCCAUGCCGCCCUCCCCAUGCCGCCCUCCCCAUGCCGCCCUACCCAUGCCGCCCUCCCCAUGCCGCCCUCCCCAUGCCGCCCUCCCCAUGCCGCCCUCCCCAUGCCGCCCUCCCCAUGCCGCCCUACCCAUGCCGCCCUACCCAUGCCGCCCUCCCCAUGCCGCCCUCCCCAUGCCGCCCUCCCCAUGCCGCCCUCCCCAUGCCGCCCUCCCCAUGCCGCCCUACCCAUGCCGCCCUACCCAUGCCGCCCUCCCCAUGCCGCCCUACCCAUGCCGCCCUACCCAUGCGGCCCUCCCCAUGCCGCCCUCCCCAUGCCGCCCUCCCCAUGCCGCCCUCCCCAUGCCGCCCUCCCCAUGCCGCCCUCCCCAUGCCGCCCUACCCAUGCCGCCCUCCCCAUGCCGCCCUCCCCAUGCCGCCCUACCCAUGCCGCCCUCCCCAUGCCGCCCUCCCCAUGCCGCCCUCCCCAUGCCGCCCUCCCCAUGCCGCCCUCCCCAUGCCGCCCUCCCCAUGCCGCCCUCCCCAUGCCGCCCUCCCCAUGCCGCCCUCCCCAUGCCGCCCUCCCCAUGCCGCCCUCCCCAUGCCGCCCUCCCCAUGCCGCCCUACCCAUGCCGCCCUCCCCAUGCCGCCCUACCCAUGCCGCCCUCCCCAUGCCGCCCUCCCUUUGCCGCCCUCCCCAUGCCGCCCUCCCCAUGCCGCCCUCCCCAUGCCGCCCUCCCCAUGCCGCCCUCCCCAUGCCGCCCUACCCAUGCCGCCCUCCCCAUGCCGCCCUACCCAUGCCGCCCUCCCCAUGCCGCCCUACCCAUGCCGCCCUCCCCAUGCCGCCCUCCCCAUGCCGCCCUCCCCAUGCCGCCCUCCCCAUGCGGCCCUCCCCAUGCCGCCCUCCCCAUGCGGCCCUCCCCAUGCCGCCCUCCCCAUGCCGCCCUACCCAUGCCGCCCUCCCCAUGCGGCCCUCCCCAUGCCGCCCUCCCCAUGCCGCCCUACCCAUGCCGCCCUCCCCAUGCCGCCCUACCCAUGCCGCCCUCCCCAUGCCGCCCUCCCCAUGCCGCCCUCCCCAUGCCGCCCUCCCCAUGCCGCCCUCCCCAUGCCGCCCUCCCCAUGCCGCCCUCCCCAUGCCGCCCUCCCCAUGCCGCCCUCCCCAUGCCGCCCUCCCCAUGCCGCCCUCCCCAUGCCGCCCUCCCCAUGCCGCCCUCCCCAUGCCGCCCUCCCCAUGCCGCCCUACCCAUGCCGCCCUACCCAUGCCGCCCUACCCAUGCCGCCCUCCCCAUGCCGCCCUCCCCAUGCCGCCCUCCCCAUGCCGCCCUCCCCAUGCCGCCCUCCCCAUGCCGCCCUCCCCAUGCCGCCCUACCCAUGCCGCCCUACCCAUGCCGCCCUACCCAUGCCGCCCUACCCAUGCCGCCCUCCCCAUGCCGCCCUCCCCAUGCCGCCCUCCCCAUGCCGCCCUCCCCAUGCCGCCCUCCCCAUGCCGCCCUCCCCAUGCCGCCCUCCCCAUGCCGCCCUCCCCAUGCCGCCCUCCUCAUGCCGCCCUCCCCAUGCCGCCCUCCUCAUGCUGCCCUCCCCAUGCCGCCCUCCCCAUGCCGCCCUCCCCAUGCCGCCCUCCCCAUGCCGCCCUCCCCAUGCCGCCCUACCCAUGCCGCCCUCCCCAUGCCGCCCUCCCCAUGCCGCCCUCCCCAUGCCGCCCUCCCCAUGCCGCCCUCCCCAUGCCGCCCUACCCAUGCCGCCCUCCCCAUGCCGCCCUACCCAUGCCGCCCUCCCCAUGCCGCCCUACCCAUGCCGCCCUCCCCAUGCCGCCCUCCCCAUGCCGCCCUCCCCAUGCCGCCCUCCUCAUGCUGCCCUCCCCAUGCCGCCCUACCCAUGCUGCCAGGAGCAUCCCUGCCUGGGCCGGCCCUGCAUAG